UGAGCAUGGAAACUCUGACAUUUACUUCCCAUGAUACGGAAGGAAUCAUACAAAUUUUCAUGAUUGUCUUAGUUAUAGUCGGUUCCCUUGUAGGAAACAGUAUCAUUUGUCUGUUACUUGUCCGGUUCAAGACCUUGCGAACAGUCCCUAACAUUCUGAUUGCAAACAUGGCUGUGGUUGACAUCCUCAACGCUUUGACGAACAUGCCUCUGUUUAUAAUGUGGUACAUCAGCGGAGUGUCUUACCUCAAAGGUAGGCCUACCUCUUUUUUCAUCAUUACCUGGUAUGUGCUGUUUGUUUAUCUAAGCAUAUUCAAUCUCAUCGCACUGACAAUGGACCGAUUUGGAGCCAUCGUUUACGGCAUCCGUUAUCACUCCUGGAAAACGGUCAGCAAGGCAAAAAUAGCAGUGUUGUUUAUAUGGCUUCUAGCCGCUGCAUAUACAUAUGGCUUGUUUGUACCAGUAGGGCUCAAAAUCGAUCUCGGUGGCGCUGCAGUUUGGGAGUACAGGAAGCAGUACUUAAAGAGCUUUGCAAGGUCCUUUAUCAUUACCGGUCACUUUGUGCCCUUCGCGAUCAUACUAAUCUUGGGAGUCUUAAUCUGGCGCGCAGUGCGCCGACAUAAACGUCGUUUGUAUCCGUUUUUUCCUAUGGCAAGGCAAGUGAAAAGUGACGUGAAGACUGCUAAGACAAUCGGUUUGACUGUUGCGGCGUUCAUUUGUAUGGUCGUUGCACCCAUGUUCUUACACAUCUUUUCCAAAAUACACGGCACAUGGCCUCACUUCUUUGCAUUUUUUCUCAGUCACCUCAAUAACAUGGUGAACCCAAUAAUCUAUGGACUACAUACUCAAAGGUUUCGCAGAGCGUUUUUGUUAUUCUUAAGAGAACCUUUUGGCAAGUCACAGCCAGAUCAGAUGUCGGCCUCAAGAACGAAUUUGCAAUACAAGAACGAAGAACUUAACGCCGUUCAGAACGCCGUUUGUUAAAUUCGAGUGGGCUGUUGUAGAGACCAAAAACAGUUGAAGAUCAAGAACAUGAAAUUUAGCAUGGAAAGACAAAGUCAAACUUGUUCAGAAAAUAUACAGAAGAAAGUGCAAGUGGAAUUGGAAGUACUUGUAGUGCGGGUUGUGUUCUGACAUCUGUUUUUACGAUCUCAAUUGACUGGAAACAAAUAUUUGUUAUGGCACAAAAUACGAACAAGCUCAAAAUAAGCAAAAAAAAAAAGCGAUAGUGAAUUAGAUUUUCUGAGGAAAGUGUCAACAAAAUGAAGCAAGCCUACAAAUUUGUCGGAUGGUCGGUUUUCGUAACAGAGACAUUUUGUUUUCUUAAGGAAAGGGAAAGAAAGCCGGUCAAGGCUAGUUUGCUUGAAAAUCGACAGCCCUGUGCAAAUUUUCAUGACCUGUCUUAAUUAAUAAAAACAACACCAAAGGUACAUUCUCUCAAAUCAAACAUUAUUUGCAUUGUACGUUGUACUGAAAUUUGUGCUCAACCGGGUACGUCGCACUUUUCUACAAAUGCUAAUUAACGCGGUUUUUUAACAGUAUUACGACACGAAAAAUACUUAGUUUUGAUUUUCAUAAAAAUGCUGCA